AUGAGUGGCAGUAAUACGACUGGUACCGCCAAGCACCCUAUCAGCGAGACCGCUUCGCCCAGUGCUGGAGGCUAUCUUGUCUCCAAUUCAGCGCUAGGUGGGGGUGCGAGGUCGACAAGCACUGAAUCUCCUUUGAUUGUGGUCCAGCCCGCGAAGCGUAGCGACUUGCAGCCCUCGUAUGCACAGGUCCUUGAGGCGGAUCCGAACGAUGCGUCUACCACAGGAUGGUAUGGGUCUAUGAGUACGCAUCACGGAUAUCCUAACCGCGGUUUGCCGUAUCACUGACAUGUUCUAUCAGUUGGCGGUUUGGGAUCCCUAAUCGGAUUUCUUGGUGCCAUUCCAUGUUGCGUCAUUUGUCCGAAUCCUUAUAAGCCGGUCCACCAGGGCAGUGUCGGUCUCGUUACCAAGUUCGGGAAGUUCCAUCGCGCAGUCGACCCUGGUCUCGUCAAGGUCAACCCUCUUUCCGAGAAGCUCAUUCCUGUCGACGUGAAGAUCCAGCUCUGCGAGGUUCCUCAGCAGGUCUGCAUGACAAAGGAUAACGUCACGGUUCACCUUACCUCCGUCAUCUACUACAAUAUCGUCUCGCCGCAUAAAGCCACUUUCGGUAUCUCGAAUGUGCGACAGGCGCUUAUUGAGCGCACGCAGACCACCCUUCGACAUGUCGUUGGUGCUCGUGUUUUGCAGGAUGUUAUUGAGCGCAGGGAGGAGAUUGCCCAGAGUAUUUCUGAGAUAAUUGAGGAUGUCGCGAAUGGCUGGGGUGUGCACGUUGAGAGCAUGUUGAUCAAGGAUAUUGUCUUCAGUCGCGAGCUCCAGGAUUCCCUUUCCAUGGCCGCCCAGAGCAAGCGUAUUGGAGAGAGCAAGAUCAUUGCCGCUAGGGCGGAAGUUGAGUCUGGUGAGUUAUAUAGGAUCUCCAUGCCGUGAACCCGAUUUCUGACGCUCUCAUAGCCAAAUUGAUGCGCCAAGCUGCCGAUAUCCUUUCCAGUGCCCCAGCGAUGCAGAUCCGUCAACUCGAGGCAAUGCAGGCAAUGGCAAAGACCGCAAACUCCAAGGUCAUCUUCCUACCCACCUCAAACACCGGCCUUCAGCAGUCACUCCAAGCUUCCGUCGAUAACGGCGAAGGCCCUAGCAGUGGUGUCGGCCGCUCCUCAGACUUUGGAGAUGACAUGGAUCCCUCCUUCCACAGGGCUUUGAACGCUCACAUUGUAUCGGAGAUGUGAAGCGCUUAGCUUACUGGCUGUGCUUGUGUUACUCGUCUCUUAAUUUCUACUUUGAUUUCCUUUGUCACGGGAAAUGGUGCUGGGGGUUAGCUGGACCCUUUCGUUUCCGCUUGGAUGUUUGAGCCAAGGCUGGGCUCUCUUGAGGUGGGGUUUGGUGUAUCAAAAUGAUGGGUUGGGGUUUUCGGGAUUCUUUGACACGAACGACGCAUGAUUGAUGUGUCCUUUUUCGAUAGUAUCAACUAGCUAAUUAUUGAAUUAUUAA